AUGGUCAAGAUUGGUCCUUCACAUUUACCAAACUUCGAACCAUCAAGAGCGUCAUCCACCACGGAUGGAGGCGACGCCCAGUCCACACAUAGCUCGCAGUUCAUCAACAAGCAAGGAGCGUUGGAGCCCUCACCCAAUUUGAACUCAGCGCUUCAGCGUCGACGGACGACACUGAAGCCGCCUCCUAGGCCGGCCAAGGUGCAGAGCGUAUCAGCUCAUCUGAAAAGCCGUGUUCUCAGCAAGGAAUUCUGGAUGAAGGAUGACAACGCAAAGGUUUGCUUCUCCUGCGGCCAAGGCUUCUCGGCGUUCCGGCGCAAGCAUCACUGCCGAACUUGUGGUCAAAUCUUCGAUGCGAAAUGCACAUCGCUGGUCGCUGGACGGCCAUUUGGUCAAGCAGGCACGAUUCGAUUGUGCAAUCCGUGCGAGGGUAUGAUUUUUGGAAGUGACGAUGACUCCACUGUGUUCUCGGAUGACGGAGGCGAUGACUACACCCGCAGUCCUAUCACACACGCGAUCACCGAAGGAACAGACGAUGUGACAUCGCAUUUCGACGGAGCCGCGUUCAGCCGGACAGAUGCAGAAGUUACUACUCCCUACAUAGGUAUCCCAGUCUCUCGCCGUAAUCGCGAAGCAAAACGUCGGUCCGCAGUCUUGGAGUUCGACAGCCACCCUGCCUUGGCGAGACCUGCAUCGUCCCACUCACUUGCCUCUCUGAGCAGACGUCCCAGAUCCUCCAGUCAUCGGCGGCGCCAAUCCCGCCAUCAGUUAGCUCGCGGGUACCGUCCUAGUCUCGAUGAGCGAGGCCCCUUUUAUCAAGAUUGGGUUGGUGAUCCAGACAAGAAUCAGAAAUUGCCGACUUUUCACAACGACAACAUCAUCGAUCCUGAUCUUGCGGCGUUUCUCUCGGACGACGGGUCAGAUGAUGACGAAAAUCCAAGUAUAAUGGGUACUGUCGCUGAUGCGAACGCUGCUUCCCUCGGAGAUCGGGAAAAACUGGGCUUCAGUAGCUUGCUGGGCAUGAGGAAGGGCAGAUCUAGAUUUGGAGAAAGAAGUGGGGCGCCAUCGACUUCCCGCGGUAUCAAGGAAGACCACGUCCUUUCCCACAGACCGAAGUCAUCCAGAACUCGCAAUCUCAGCAAUGCUUCGGUGCAUUUUAACAGACCAUCUCCCAGGCAUGCCAAGAGCAAUAUUCUUUUGACGACUAUGGAAGCUGGUACCACCGAUUCAAGUCCGACGGCACCCAUCAUUGAACCAUCCCACGCCAAGGUAGUCUGCAGUACUGCACUGCACGCAUUGCAUGACCGCGGGCGCGACGAUGUGGAGCUCUACCCUGCAAGUUUCGACCAUGUCAAGAAGUUACUCGGACAACUUCUCCGCGAUGCUGGGAUCUCUUCGCCAGCAAUCUGGCAACGGGCUUUGAUGCCGAUAUUGAUGCAGUGCACGGACGAUGUCGAGCCGGAUGUCCAGGCGGGCGAUGACAUGGACAUUCGACAUUACAUCAAACUUAAGAAGGUCCCGGGUGGCAGACCUGGUGACACCAGCUAUGUUUCGGGUGUGGUCUUCAGCAAGAAUGUCGCGCUCAAGAGCAUGGCAAGGUCCAUCAGCAAUCCCCGAAUCGUUAUUGUCACAUUUGCAAUCGAGUACGCUAGGCACGAGGCGCACUUCAUGAGUCUUGAGCCCGUGAUCGCUCAAGAGCAAGAGUAUCUGGAGAACCUCGUCGGCCGAAUUGCCGCCCUUCGUCCACAGGUACUGCUCGUUCAGAAGAAUAUUUCCGGCCUGGCCAUACAUAUGCUCGAGAAAGCCGGCAUCACAGUCGCAUACAACAUCAAGGAGUCUGUGUUGGCAGCGGUGGCUCGAGUCACGCAGACCGUAAUGAUCAAAUCCAUCGACAAGCUUGGCAUCGACCCGUCACAUCUCGGACAAUGCGAGAGCUUUGAGGUCAAGACAUACGUCUCGGAUGGCGUACGAAAGAACUACAUCUACCUUUCUGGGUGCGACCCUGAUCUGGGCUGUACCAUUGUGCUGAGAGGCGGCGACACGAAGACCCUGCGCUGCAUCAAACGCAUUGCCGAGUUCAUGUGCUAUGUCGCAUACAACCUCAAAUUGGAGAACUACCUCAUGCGGGAUGAGUUUGUGUCGAUUCCGCGCACGGCGGAAGCACAGAUAGGAGCCCACGACGACCUGGACCCCUCGAACGAGCAGGCAUUCGCGCCGUCACUCCCUUCCAAUGGCAAGAAGUUCAAGUACGAACAGCUGGAAAAGGAGAUUCGCCAGCGUGUCCUGUCCGCUUCACCUUUUGUCCACUUCAUGCAACCAUAUCUCUUGACUCAGCUUCGCGACUUGGAGCGCAAACUUGCGACGUUCUCCAUGCUGAGGGACCAAUACGCAGCUGCCGAUGAAGAUGGUGAUAACGAGGACGACGACCAGGCGAUCCACCGACACUUCGAACUUGUGAGGCCUGAUAUGGUUAACGUCCCAGCGUCCAAGGACCAGCCCAAGGCAGUCCGCGAAUAUCUACACGCCGUGCACGAUGCUCAACUCGAAAAGGUCACAUUCACAUUUCAGAACCACGAACGACAAUGGGAAACAUUCGUCAGCGGCGAAGUCAAUCCUUUUGACCCAUUUUCGCAUCAGCAGAUUGUAGUCCUAUUUUCUGUUGUCUCCAGCAUCACUUCAGCCCCAUGUUCUGGUCCCGAUCUGCUGGGCAUGGGAUUCUACACCAGCUGGACUCGAGCGGAUGCCGACAACGACGAGGAUAUGACACUAGGACAAUACGUGGAAGACCUCUGCCUCUCAGCCAAUUCUGCGUGUAAAAGCUGCAGCAAGAAGAUGUGCGAUCACUUCCGUCAGUACGUGCACGGAUAUGGUCAGCUCACAGCAUCUAUUCAACGCCAGCCGGCGAAGAUGCGUGGCUAUGCCAACACCAUUCUCAUGUGGUCGACUUGCCGUGUCUGUAGGCAGGAGACCACCGUUACGCCCAUGUCGGACCACACUUGGAAGUAUUCGUUCGCAAAAUACCUGGAGCUCAGCUUCUGGAGCAGUCCACUCCAUCCGAGAGCAGGUCUGUGCAAGCACGAUAUUCACAAGCAGUUCCUGAGGUGCUUUGGCUUCCAAGAUAUGGUCGUGCGAUUCCAGUAUGACGCAAUCGAUAUCUACGACGUCGUUGUGCCGCGAGGAAGGGUGACUUGGAAGGUAGAGGCGGAUCUCGAAGUCAAGAAUGAUCAAUAUCUGCAAUUGGAGACACGGCUCAGAGCCUUCACCGACUCCAUCAAGAAACGACUUGAUUCAAUCAACGUCGACACUUUGGAUGAGAAGAAAGGCGCUGAAGCUCUGGACUAUUUGCACGAACUGCGAAAAAGAGCGGACGACGAUCACGAUGAGCUCAUGCAAAAGCUACGACAGAAGUACGCCCGUUCUCGGUACUAUGAACUUCUACCUCUCAAUCGCGCACUGCGAUUCAUGGAUGAGAAAGCUCUCGCAUGGGACGAAUCUUUCAACGAUUUUGAGCAGAACUACUUUCCUUCGGAGACGGACAUUCGCAAACUCGCGAGCAUUCAAUUGAAGAACAUGUUUGAACAAUCUCAACCUGCUCCUAGUAGCGUCGCUAGUGGCGAUAGCGACACCGAAGACGGAGGAGAUACGACACCCACGAAGGGCUCGGUUCGUCGCCGGAGGACGCACGAUGAGAUCUUGUCGGAAAAGGCUGACGAUGUGCUGCUGUCCAUUGUCGAAGAGCACAAAGCUUCGACAGAUGACGGCAAAUCACUCCGUGCUGUGACCAGUAACGAUUCCGAAAUGACAUUGACCAAUGAUCGCCUGACCGGGCAGACACCUCGCAAAGAUGCUGAGCAUGUGUCGGAGCGUGAAGAUGUGAAGCAUCUUGACCUAGCAGUACCUUCACGCUCUCCAGAUGCAUCCAUCAACGGCAGUCCGGUUCACGGUGACAUGUCUCCGUUUUCGAAAAGCGCUGACGAGACGUGCCACGACGAGCCUUUCGCUGUGCAGCCCAAGCCGCUUAGUUCUGGGUUGCUCGAACGCAUCGAGCAGAUCAGAAGCACUCGUGCGCAGGGAGGUGAGCCCGAGGUGCCGGAGUCGAAGAUACCAAGACCGGUCGAUCGCAAGAAAUUGGAACCUACUCCAAUGCCUCCGCCGUUGUUCCGCGCUCAGUCGCAGCCUGGUCAUGUGCCACGUCUGAAUGAGCCCGAACUCACUCUCGACGCGGUGGCGGUCGGAAGAGAUGUAGCAGAGAAAGCGCCUGCCGACAAGGGCCUGCGAGAAAGAUUGGGCGGUGCCGCUGGUCGACUAGCAGGCAAGGUUGGAAAAGCUACUCCUUCUCUGAUUCCACGAUCAACGCCUGCCAAGACAGAAGACACCCAUAACAUCGUCUCAUCUCUGGCGAAGCACUUUGAGCAGCUGUCACGGGAAUUCGAAAAAGAACGACUGAAAGAGCGCAGGCAGCGAGCGAUGAAGAGUCGGCAGGCAAGGGCGAACCCAUUGGCAAGCAGCAGACCUGAAGUGGAGGUGUACCGCAACGCCACCGAUGCAGUUGGGGAGAAGACAUUGGAGCAAUCUGCACGCGAGAAAGACACGCAGAAAGACAAACAAGCGAGACGGGUCAUGGAGGAGCAUGUCACGGAGUCUCAGCCCGAGGAUACCUCGAUCGUCGCUGAACCGGCUACAAUGGGGUCCAGCCUGGUUCAGGAGCCAGUCACGGAGCAAAACGCAGAGGCCAUCGAGGCUACCCAGCCUGAUACCGAGGUCGAGGAGAUCGAGCCUGCAUCUGAUAUGCCUGGUAUUGCACCGACUGCCUCCCGGUCUCGUGGAACUUCUGCGUCAACGUCCGAUCCCAACUCCUCCUUCACUUCCCCUGCGCAGUCUGGACAUGAUCUUACCGAGCUAGGGCCUGACUUGACCAUUCCAGAACAUCGCAAGAAUGUAUGGUUCAAGUAUCUUGCCGAGUUCUGGUCGAAGCGCUCGGCAUCCGGAUGGGCGAAUCUGGAGUACCCACUCCGCAACGAUGAGCACGUCUUUGCUGAUUCGGACAUCAUUGUGCGCGAGGACGAGCCAUCUUCCGUGAUUGCGCUUUCUCUCGCAUGCGCAGACUACCGUAAGAAGGCAGAAAAGUUUCGAGACCACCCGAACAGAGCACCACUGGCAAAGCAAGGCCAUUCCCACACGCCUUCUCAGGCGAGCGCUGGCUAUCCUCCUCCCUCUAAAGAGGAUGAGCACCGAUCUGACAUUGAAGCUUCUCUCCUCAGCGAUACCGGGACUCAUAUGAAGUACUCGUUCACGCAUAAUAGCGUACGAGCAUCGUGCAAGAUCUUCUACGCCGAGUCUUUUGAUGCUUUACGGCGCAGGUGCAACGUCGCCGAUCGAUUCAUCGAGUCCAUGUCCCGCUGUAUCAAAUUCGACUCCAAAGGCGGCAAGACCAAAUCCCUUUUCCUGCGUACGCUCGACAACCGCUUUAUCAUCAAAAGCUUGCAAGAAGUCGAACUCAAAGCCUUCACCAAGUUCGCUCCCGAUUACUUCAACUUCAUGAGCUAUACUCUAUUCCACGGCGUACCGAGCGUUAUCGCGAAGAUGUUUGGCCUCUUCCAAGUCAACAUCCGCAAUCCCAACACCGGCGUGGACUUCUCAUACUACCUUCUCGUCAUGGAGAACCUCUUCUACGAGCGCAACCCCAACCGUCGUUUCGAUCUCAAAGGCAGCAUGCGCAACCGUAAGAUUGAGUCGACCGGACAAGCCGAUGAAGUCCUCCUGGAUGAAAACCUUGUCGAAACGAUUUUCCAGUCGCCUCUAUUCGUCCGCGAAGCAUCUCGCAAGCUGCUUCAAGCCAGCAUCUUCAACGAUACGCUUUGGCUCUGCAAGCAAAAUGUCAUGGAUUACAGUCUCAUGGCAGGCUUCGAUGAUACCACGAAAGAAUUGGUCGUGGGAAUCAUUGACUGCAUCCGGACGUACACAUGGGAUAAGAAGUUGGAGAGCUGGAUCAAAGAUCGAGGCAAGAAUAAGCCGACGAUUACUAGUCCGAAGGAUUAUAGGAAUCGAUUCAGGGUGAGCAUGAUGGCGUAUGUGCUGCAAGCGCCGAAUUGCUGGCAUCAGUUCCAGGCGCAGAUGCCAGGGCCGAGGACACUCAAGGAGAAAGACGACGUGAAGAAUGAGACGGAGGAUACCGAGGCGGAGAUCCUUUGA